UUGUUUCAAGAUGGCCGCGUCUAAAGUCGAGGGACUCCUUAGAGUUGUACAGUUUCAGCUAAGGAACCUGUCCCUGCGGCCAGUUUUGUGCUCAAAGCUGCACACCUGUGCAUUGCGACCUGCUACUUUUUCAAUUACCAGAGCACUAUGGGGGAAAACACUGGCUGAAAUUGAAGAGGAAAAGGGAAUUCCAGAACCCCCACGAGAGACCAUUCACCAUGUUAGAAGAGAGAUCAAAGGAAGCCCAACUAAGUUUAAUGCAGUAGCAAAACAGAUCAGGGGACUGCAGAUUGAAGAAGCUAUUAAACAGAUGACAUUUUCACCCAAAAGACCAGCAGAAAUUAUUAAACAAGUAAUCCUAGAAGCACAAGGAAAAGCUCAAAAGGAGUAUGAUGUAGAGGACAAAACACACUUGUGGGUUGCUCAGUCUUAUGCUAGCAAAGGACAUUAUAUCAAGAGAAUGAGGUAUCAUGCAAUGGGUCGCUUUGGCAUCAGGCAUAUAAAAUACUGUAAUUACUUUGUUGUCCUGAAAGAAGGAACAGCCAGACCAAGAAACAAGAAGAGAAGAAGGAGACACAUGAGUGAGUUAGAACUUGUGCAAAGGCAUCCACGACACAUUCGGAACUCUCUAUCAUGGUGGUGAAGAAGGCUUGACCUUGAUCAUUAUGGCUGUGGAAAAUGUAAAUCCUCUCUAAAACACCUGUACACAGCCAACCUGGCUGUUAUGAAUAAAGGAAGGAUAUCAAUUUUA